AUGGCGGACUUCUGCCCUGUAGAAUUUGAUUUUCGUGAUUCUUCGUCUCUCUAUGAAUAUGAAGCCAGUGAGCUAGUGGAGUACAUUCACUCGUGGCCUCGUUUUGGAAUCUCGAAGGAAUUUCCUGUUUCGUUGUUCACCGAAAAUGAAGACGAUGGCUCUGAUGCCAAUCUUUCUGUGUCGUAUCUUACUGGUGUUUUUAUGUGGAGCUUUAUCUUUUCAUCAGUAUUGAUUAUAUACAUGUUGAUUUUAUCGGCCUACAAUGUGCUUUAUUCUGGGUCCAACGGUAGCCAAACUGCCGAAGGAAGGGUCGAAGAUGUGCAAAUCGAUCAAAGUAAGCUCCAGCAAAAAAAAGGAAAGCAAUUGCAACUUCAAAACAAAGAGGGGCAAGCUUAUAUACAGGAAAAACUGCACGACAAAGGAUCAGCAUCACUGAGUGCAAGACUCUCUGGUGUAGAUGAGGAUCACAACGUGCAGGAGCACAACCAACCUGAGAGCGAACAUAUUCUACGGCAACUGCAAACAAAAGAUGCACCAGCAGCCUUGCCACAAUCCCAAUUCAUCAGUCCGACGGUCUCGCGAAAGCGGCUCCUCGAAGCAUACUUCGAUUCCAUUAUGAGCACUUCGACAAUGUUGAAGUCAGGAUUGACUGAUGGCAGUUUGGAAGGAGUGCGACAGCAACAAAAUGAACGCUGCUUGAGAAUUGCAACAUCGCAUCCUUCUGAUGUUCAGUCAAACAAAACAAGGCAACGAUGGACUUUUUCAAAAGUUUUUACAUCCCCUAGAGAAGAGGAUGACGAUGAUGAUUCAACCUUUCAACCACCCAGGAGAGCGCAGAUAUUUGGUAUUGAAGAUCGAACUAUUGCCUUCAAUGAUAAGGUUUCGCGAGCUCAUGAAGUGCAUUGUUCGGAGAGUCAUCAAACUGAUGACCGAGAAAUUAGCCCAAGAACAGCUGCUACUGGGUCAAGUGGCAGUGAUUUCGACGACCAGCAAGUCGAUCCAGCUUCAAUACACCGGGCCAUAAAACGGCAGUCCGCCGACCAGGAAUCCGAGCCUGGUUCUUGCUUCAAGAUGCUUACACUUUUGUCUGGAUUUAUGCUACUCCUCUUUUCAUGCUUGCUUUGUUCUGACGGACUCUUGCCUCUCGGCAUUCAAUCGGACUUGAUGAUUGAAGAAUGGCACAAUGUGAUAUAUUCGGCAAUUGAAACUGAGCAGAUUGUCAACGAUGUACAAGACUUGCAAUCUUCACUUUACAAAGGUUCUACUCUCCUAAUCCAAACACUGAAUAUGUCUUGUCCUUCCGUGCAACCAUCACUCUGCGUUGAAGUAGGAGAUAGCUACACAUGCAACGUAACAGGAAUUCCACUUCAUGAGAAUUGGGAAGUUUUGUUGGAUAUUGGGAUGUGGCCAAUGAACAUCACAACCCGAAGUCAGGAAACAUACAAUUGGAAUUUGGCAAAUCACGAUUUGACUUACCUUACAACAAUGCCCUUUGAAACUGUGUUGAAGGCAUGGCAAUGGAUCUUGAGGGCAGUUGCAAUUUGCAACGCAACCCUUUUCUUUCUAGCUCUUCUCGUUCUCUGGUCUAUUGCCAUUCCGAAACGACAGCAUGCGGUUCAGGAUACGUUUGUGCGCCAAAGUCGAACUUUCUUUGUUCUUUUUUGGAUCUCAACGGUACUGAUUUGGAUUUUUGCAAUCAUGUCUCUGGCUGGCACAUUUGUUUUGUCGGAUUUUUGUAUCCAAUCCCCAAGUGAAAAUACAAUCGAACUAAUGUUUUCCAACACGACGAACGCUGGUCAAUCCUUUUUAUCCAAAGAAUUUUGGAAUUAUCAUAUAGACGGCUGCCCUUUGGAAGAGUACCCAGACUCGCUCCAAGAAGAAAUUGUAAAUUGGUCAAGCCGUUUGGGACCUACAAGGGACCUACAUGAUGCGCUACGCAAGAUACCGACAACCCAGUUUGAGCUUAUUUGUGGUGCUGGUAGUGGCGAGUUGAGCUAUGAUUUGAGAUUUGCAACGUCAUAUAUUCAAACGGAAAUAUGCAGUCUUGUCCAAACACUAACAUCCUUACGCCUCGUCUUGGAGUGUAAGAGGUGGAGUCCACAGUUUGAAUCUAUAGUAUAUCAAGGUGUUUGUGAACAUGGGACAAACGAGGCUGGUUGGACAGCAAUGGCAGAGUGGAUUAUCGUCGUGAUGAGCCUCACGAUUUGGACAUUCCAAGAAUCUUUUCGCGGUUCGACAAAUAGAAACCCCACCCACCGCUCGACCAAUAGCAGGCAACAACACAAACAGCUUCAUGACGACAGGCUCGGAAAAUCUCCCAUCAAUCCAACUCACGCUAUCGAGGCGCCCUUUGUCGGAAUGCACCAGCACCCAAACAUUUCAGCUGCUCCCACGCAUGCGGAAAGUCAAAAGAUAGAUCCUACUAAUUCCCAGUUUCUAGAAGUAUCCUCGAAACCUGUGGACCCUCCGGAGUUCAACCCGACAAUUGUUGAUCGAAACGAAAUUAUGUCAAUUGAAGCGGAAGAGCCAUUGAAUUUGCAGUCUUUCCCCAACUCAAACUCAGCAACGCAAAAUCGAACAGUCGAAAAGAUCAGAGUAAAAAAUACGACUCAAGAUUUGGAGUUGCACACUAGGGAGCAGAAUGGAGAAUACGAAACACAGUACUCAUCAGGUAUACAGCAUUGCGAUACGUACAAUACUCUACCGGUACCAGUGCCAAGAGGGCCCUCGGCUGUUGGACAGGCUGCAUCAAGCCGAUUUCAAAUUGCAGGCUAUGAUUGCAAUGAGGAUAACGAUCUGGAAUCCCUAUGA